ACCAAUCAGAGAUAAGGUUUUAGAGGUGUUUGGAUAGGUUGUCCCACAAUACCCUUCGAGUACAAGCGUGGCUCGUCCGCACAUUUGCUUAUUCCGAAUUUUGUGCUUUUCGAGCCCGGCGCCAAAAUGAGCAAGGAUGGCAAACGGGAGGACUCCAAGGAGCGGGAUCGAGAUGACCGCGACCGGCGCCGACCGUUGGUCAGCAGCGACACAAACGACCCUAGGUCGAUAAAUGCCCGAGUGUUCAUAGGUAACCUACCUACUGACAGAAUGACCCGACAAGAACUGGAAGACCAGUUCUCCAAAUAUGGACGUGUCACAGCAUGUUCCCUUCACAAAGGCUUCGGGUUUGUCCAGUUUGCUGAGGAACAGGAUGCCAGGGAGUCAGUCAAGGGAGAAGCUGGCAAGGUUAUAAAAGGCUUCAAAGUUGAUAUCAAGAUGGCAGCUGAAGGCAGGAGAGAGCGGAGACCCCCCGGGGGAGGGGAACGAGGCCCCGACCGCGGCGGCCCUGAGCGCGGAGGUCCCGAUCGUGACAGAGAUCGCAGACGGUCCCCACCCAAAGCCAGAGACCCCUAUGGAAGAGACCCAUACGAUCCCUACUACGACAGGGGACCGCCAGCCCGACGAGACAGGUCACCGCUGCGGGGAGACGACUACGACGAACGCUACCGAGAGUACUACCGUGCCAGGGAGGGAGACCCCUUGUUAGAAAGACGGAUGCAGGCCCUGAAGAAUGCCAACUACGACGUGCUGAGCGAUCCCCCGAGACGCGAAGACCCGUACGCAGACAGGAGAGACCCUUACGCACGUGAGCGAUACGAAGAGAUGUACCGUCGCUAUGACGAUAUAGGUAAACUAUCGGCCUCCGCUGCGGCCGGCCGUGACCCCCCUGAAGAGCGCCGAGAGGACCCUUACCGAGGAAGAGAUGACUAUGAAGAGCGUCUGCGUGCUUACGAGCGGUACUAUGAGGAAUACGCCCAGGAACGGCCGCUGGACUGUGAGAUCAUUGUUGUGCAGAAGGCUCAAAGAAACUACGCCGAGAUGGUGGAGCGUCGUCUUCGCGACCUGCGUCUCCUCACGGACAUGAUCUUCCUAAACGAACAAGUGUCGCUGGCACAGGCUCUGGACGACGUUUCCCGGCGCGGCGUUCUGUACGCGGUGAUCGUUACCAGCCAGCACGAGAUGCACCGCUCCGUCACCCUCAACAUCUUGCACGGCACGCCACAGGAACACAGGAACAUGCCGCUAGACGAUUCAAUGCAACUGGUCGCGCGUAACUUUGAACGUUACAUGCAAGACCUGCGUGAACGACAGGCCGCAGAACGAGCGUCGUCAACAACGGCAGGACCGGCCGCCACCGGCGAGCCCAGCCCCACGAUCCCCCAGCUCCUGAAUUUGCUGGCGGACGGACGUCAGGUGACGGCGGACGAGAUCGCACGAGUCAUUGAGUAUUUGCAGGACCGCCGUAGCCGGCUUCUGCAGAUACAGGGAGGACAGUCGGGGGCUCAGCAAACCCCUGCAGCUGGAGCUCCUGGCCCCGCGGCCCCGUCGAACGUGGGCGGGCCGCCUCCUGCCGGCCCCGGGGCCGUGCCUGGGGUGAACCAGCAACACCAGCAGCAAGCCGAACUGCAGGCCAAGAUCCUCAGCAUCCUCAACCAAGACGGGAACGCACAAGCGUCUCAAGCAGGACAAGCCGCCGCAAAGGCCGCCGCCAUCGCCUCACCCGCGGGAGGAAAACCCCCGUCACUCCUGGACAUAUCCGUGCAGCCGACCAGUCACCUGAAGGGCCCAUCGACGCCGCAGCAACAGGCGGUUAACCAGUACGGGAUGGCGCAGCGUGCACAGGCGGCGCUACCGCCCAGCAGCCAGGCCACCAGCACGCCCAGCAGCCUCAACUUUGACAACCCAACCGUUCAGAAGGCGCUCGACAGCCUGAUCCACUCGGGUCCGAACCUGCUGAAGAAUCUGAGCCAACCGGGGCCGCAGCAGACGCAGACGCCAAACACUAACCAGACCGCGUCCCACAUGGGCCAGUACGGCGGAGGCCAGAACGUGUCCGGGCAGUACGGAUCUCCCCAGGGGAUGGGGCAGUACGGGAACCCCCAGGGGCAGCACGCCAUGGCGGGGGGGAACCACCAGAUGAUGGGAGGGGGGAUGGGUGGUAGGAACCCGGGGAUGGGGGCGCACGGGGGCCAGAUGAUGGGGGGAGGGAUGGGGAACAGUUUGCUGGGGGCUGGGCCGGGAAUGCCUCGGGGGCCGGGGGGGCCCAUGGGCGGAGGGGGGAUGGGUGGCCAGCGACGAUAUUAAGACGUUGUACCUAGAAUAAUGUUAGCGGACCAGUUAAGGAAUAUGAAAGUCUUGUGUAGAAAGCCAGACAUGUUACUGUACUCCGAACAUGUUACUUUACUCCGAACAUGUUACUAGACUAUGGCAGUGUUGUUGACUACUGUAUACAUGAUAGACACUUGAGAUACCUUUUAUUGUUUUUUUGUUUUAUCUAAGCAGUAAUUAAGUAGCUUUUGAUAGUUUUGAUGUAAAGUUCGGAAAAUUAAGCUAAUUCAUGUAAAUCAUUGUCUGUACUUGAUGAUGUUUAGAGUUGUACCAUAAAAAGCUGCUUAUUUGUAGGUCCCUUGAGAUUGAGUUUAAACGAAUAGAACAUGUAUGGUAACAGCAUUAACAAAAAUGCAAUGGCAGUAUGACUUUAUGGUAGUGCUUCUAGUCUAUUGUAGUAAUGGUAUGGUAUAAAAAGUUGUACGUUCAGUACUGAAGAAAAUAAACAUGUAUAAUACAGCUACCGUAAUAGUCGAGCGUACUAACACUAACAGAACAAUAGUAUUGUAGACAGCUACUAGUACUACCACAUUUAAAACGUGUGUGUGAACAAGUCUGUACGUCAAUGCUUAGUGUACAUUGUCUUGUUCAAAUCAGUCUGUUUGUAGUUACAUUUAACACUGUUGAAGAAGCACAAAUAAAGUGGAUGUUCAAAUUGAAAUGCUAAGUAGUGUUCUCUGUAGUCCUUGAGAAUUAAGGAGAUGCUUUUUUUUUAAGUUUCUUUACGCUGCCUUGUUUAGUUUUUGUUUAGCUUAAGACAUGUAUGAUGCUAGAAUAUAUCAUCAUAUAACCAUGUACUUGUAUGUGCGAUUAGUUUUAUCUCGAAUACUCUGCAUUGUAGAUACCUUCUGCAACGAUGUUGAUUGAAUAAAGCGAUUCCUACUUCAUACCC